UUAACGAUGUCUUAAGAUUCUGUACGAAGGAUUGAUUAGGGUAGGUGUAUCCGUCGUAUUUCUCGCAGCCGUGGACUUGUUGUUCUUUCUUGUACUUUAUUUGAGAUGGUCGCUGUAGAAGUACGAAUUAGCUCAUGGUGGCAAGUUUUUUCGGAGUCAAAAACUGGCAUGAGAAAAUUAUGGCGGUCAUUAUUCCACUGAAAACCCUCAAAAAAUAAUAAAGACAGCAAAACACGAGCCACACAUUCCUCGGUUGUAGGUAUUUGCGCGACUCACUUUUGCGCCCAUUGUCAUGACAAUAAGCUAUCGUUAAGUCACGCUCGAAUGGCAAUCUUUGUGUCGCCGUUUUCUCCUAAGCCAGUCUCCCGACGCUUCUGAUUCCGGAGUGAUUCGCUUUGUGAUGUAAUUGCUGUGCAAUGGCUACAUCAAAUAACAGUUCAGUUGGUCCACCGGAUUUCUCCGAGCCAUGGAAGUUUAGCGAUGUCGUUCUUGUUGUAGAAGACCAGAAGUUUCACGUCCAUCGAUCGACUCUUUCGAUAUGGUCGCCUGUGUUUGAGACGAUGUUUACGUCAAUGUUUAAAGAAAAGAACAUGUAUGAAAUUCCUCUUCCAGGCAAAAAGGCAAGUGAGAUCAAAGAGCUUCUACUGAUUAUUUAUCCAACUGUAUCAGAAACGGGAUGGAAAUCUGUAACGAAUGAAAAUUGCUACUUCUUGGUCGAACUCGCUGAUGAGUAUCAGAUGGACGCCAUUAAGCAGAGGUGCGAAAAUUUCUUGGUCGACGAGGUAUCUCGUUCGAGCGGAAAUGAGUUCCUGGUUCAUUUGACACUUGCACAGACCCACAAACUAGACAAGCUCGUUAAAACCAUAAUCGGGAAAGCUAGGGGGCUGUCGCUGGAUGAUUUCAAAAGUCACGAGAUGUAUCAUAAAAUGGAGCCACACAUUUACAAACAGAUUGCUGAGGGAAUGAUAAAAAGACUUGAGGGAAGACCCUUGUGUAGGUCCUGUAAAAGUAUGGUCCAGCAGGCACAAGCCUUCAUAUUGAGGUGACGUAUUCGAGAAGAACGCCGGCCUGGAGUAGUUUAGACAAUCACUGAACGCGCAUACGUUUAGAUCCGCAGAAAAAUGCCCUGACAUUGUUGAUUUUGAUUACGUUUGCUUGCUGAUAGCGGCAAGGAUUA